AUGCAGACUUCAAGCAUUCCAAAUUGCAUGUUUCCCCGCACCGACGUCCAAGAGCACCUUUGGGGCUGGAAAUGGAGGUCGUCGUACUGGUUUGUGACAUUCGUAGUAUGGCUAGGUAUUAUUGUAGACAGUCUAUCGCUCGCUUUGUGUAUACCCGUUGUCCCAUUCCAGUUGAAGGCACUCGGUUAUACGGAUGUAGCUUCUCUGACGGGAUGGCUUAUUUUUGCAUAUGGUGGAAGCAAUAUCAUGACCUCUGUACCCAUUGCUAUUUGGUCUGAAGCAUACGGCACGCGAAAGCUUCCGUAUUCUAUUGGUAUAUUGUCGCUUAUUGUUUCCCAAAUCAUGUUCAUGGAGGCUCCUUCUUACUGGGUCAUGUGUCUUGCGCGGUGUCUUCAGGGCGCAGCAAGUGCAGCGAGGAUGGUCAUUGGUCCGGCAGCUAUGUGCGAUCAAAGUCCUUCUAAAGUUGUCGGCAGGCAACUUGGCAUUGUAUUGUCGGGCGCUCCCGUUGGUCUGCUUCUUGGAACCCCAAUAGCCGGACUGCUAUACACCCAUUUCGGUUUUCGCGGGCCCUUUGUUUUUAGCUCUAUAGCCGCCUUGCCUAUCCUGGCUCUCUGGCUUCUCAUCAUCCCAAUCCCGUUGGAAAGUGAGAGAGAAGGAAGAACUACUGCUUCCUCAGGCGAAGUGCAGAAUAAGGCCUCGCCUGUGAAGGUUCUCCAUCUCAUGCUCCAGUCGCCCCGUAUAGUUGCAGGGAUGUGUCUCGCGUUUAUCCAUGGCAUGCUAGAUAAUUUUAUGCAACCCAUCGUGCCGUCUCACCUGAACAGCGUCUGGGGCCUCAAUGUUUCUCAAGUCGGCCUUGUCUUCUUGGCUCCUACCAUUUCUGGUUUUAUUGCUGUACUUCUUUCUGGUUGGCUUGCAGACCGUCGAGGUGUUUCUGUAGUUAUCAUAAUCACCUCAGCCUUGGCUAUCCCAUGGUUCGUGAUCCUGAGCAUAGCUAGGUACUUCUCACUUUUCAUUGUUGUGAAUUUUUGCGCGUUCUUUUUCGGGUCUGGAGUCUUGUCGCCGCUAUUGGCCGAGUUUGCGUCUGCUUCACGAAGCAUUGAUGGUGUUGGCUACGCUCAUGUUUAUGGGGCUCUGUAUUGGGCAUUUGGGAUCGGGCUGACGGUUGGACCUGUUUUGACCGGUCAGAUGUACGAUAACCUCGCCGACGGAUGGAUGGAUAUCUGUUUAAUGGCGGCCGGGCUGCAUGCAUGUGGCAUCGUGGCAUUUAGUAUCAUAGGUCAGCACGUACAGUCCGCGUAUGAGGAACGAGAUGGCAUAGGCCAAUCCGAGUUUUGGCUACAAAUUCAAGAUUCCCAGUUAGAUGCCCGCAAUUUGGCAAAAGAGCAAGGCGUACGAAACGGUCAACAGUAUUAG